AUGCUUAUUCUUGAGGAGCAGCGUUACAUCCAUGAGGAUCUCGAGCGCUUAGAGCAAGGAAUCGCCGACCGCAUCCAUGAUGACCCUAAACAUAUCCGCGAUCGAUUGAAUCGCGACCACGAGGUCUCUCAACUACUUGAUCAGAUUCAAAAUCAGUCCAGCAACCUCCUAGACAUCUACAGAGAUACGACAGGCGCGCGCGCUUCCGAGAUUCAGCAAAUCGGCUCAGGCGAUUCGUUUGGGGAGUUCUACAAGCAGCUCAAAGACGUACGAGACCAUCAUGCGCGGUAUCCGAACGAACAGGCCGAGAACUCGGAGCAACGAUACAAAGUGCGACGGGCUGCGGAAGGAGAGCUCGUACCAUCAAUCGUCGAUUCAUUAUUCUCAGGCGAGGAGGCAUACGGGCGAUUCUUCGACUUGACAACAAACCACGAACAGUUCCUCAACCUUCCGAAUGUCAGGCGGCUGACAUAUCUGCAAUAUCUCGAGGUGUUCGACAACUUCACGCCGGGCUAUGGUGGUGUCAAGAAGGCAGACAAGCUUACGGAUCAGUACUUCAAGUAUAUUGGUGAACUAGCAAGCUACCUCGAAUCCUUCAUGCAGCGCACGCGGCCUUUGGAAAACGUGGACAAGGUCAUGGAGACGUUCGGCCAGGAAUUCGAAGCGGCGUGGGAGAAGGACGAUGUUGAAGGUUGGCAGUCAGAGAAACCAACAGGGGGCGACACAGCAAAGGACCUGAGCACAGCUGAAGCAGUGUGGUGCGCCGACUGCGAGAAGGAGUUCAAGAACGAAAAUGUCUACAAGAACCACCUGACAGGACGGAAACAUAUCAAGGCUGCCGAGCAACGGAAGCAAAGGUCAGCGGAUACGGACGGGGCCGCCAACGGUACCGCCGGCCCCAGAACUUCGGCUGCAAGGUUGAAAGAGAAGGCUGUGGCUGAGCGUGAACAGCGAGUCAAGCGUCUGGCCAGUGCCAUGAGCACGGAGCGAGGUGAUACCAGGGUCAACGUGGAGCGAAAACAGGGCAUGACGGAACGAGAGCGCCAACAAGAGCUUGAGAAUCUCUUGAACGCGUCGGAGGAACAGCAGGAACAGCCCCGGGACGGCGAGGAGGACGCUGAGGAUGGUGAGGAGAAAAUUUACAACCCGCUCAAGCUGCCAUUGGCCUGGGAUGGCAAGCCGAUUCCUUUCUGGUUGUAUCGACUUCACGGUCUUGGUGUCGAGUUUCCAUGCGAAGUCUGUGGUAACUUCGUUUACAUGGGUCGCCGCGCAUUCGACAAACAUUUCAAUGAGGCUCGCCACGUGUACGGUCUGAAGUGUCUUGGGAUCACGAACGUCAACCUCUUCCGCGACAUUACGAGGAUCGAUGAGGCUUUAAAGCUCUGGGAGAAGAUCCAGCGUGAGAAGAAGAGAACAAAGGUUGACGAGGGAAGUGUUGUACAAAUGGAGGAUGCGGAGGGUAAUGUGAUGCCCGAGAAGGUGUACUAUGAUCUGCAGAAGCAGGGGCUUUUGUAA